CCUGUUGACAAUAAUUUAUCAGUAAUUAGUUCAAGGUGAUAGAAAAGUCCCAAGACAAAGUUUAGAGAAGGAAUGAAUGCUCAAGGCUAUUAUGGUUCUCAAGUAAAUAAGAUAGUGUCACACAAUAUUGUUAAGAUAUCAAUGUCAAUUCCUCACGUGAAAGAAUACGAAGAAAACAACAGUGUCUACAAUAGUAAACAAUAGAUGAAUUGUCACUUAAAAUAUCAACCUAUUUACAUGGAAAUGACAAAAACUGGAGGGGAUGGCUAUUAAUUUUAUUUAGCAAUGGUUUAAUAUAGAGUAAAUAAUUAUGAAAAUAGGAGCAUUUUCUGUAAGUUUAUGAGAAGUUUGACAGAACAACAGCUGAUAUGUCUUUGCAGACAAUAACUUACUUUUUGUUAUAAUUGAAUGCUUGUACCAGUUGAAUAGGAUAACAGCAUUGUAUAUUCGUCACUCUGCAUCACUUAAUUGCUUAUUUGAAGUAAAAUUUCACCUGUGAAUCAUAAUUAUUUGAAGAAGUGAAGAAUUCCCUUUUAUAGUAAUGUCAAAACUCACAAAAACUAUGUCAUUUUUUCCUUGUCCUGUUCCUAGUUCGAAAAUUCAGUCAGCCAUCUUUUCGGAGUAACAACCUGACAAAAAUAAAAACUUUGUGUUCAAAUUGAAAAAUAAUAAAAGUGAAGGUUUGAAGAUUACCGGUAAUAUCAAUAGUAUGUAAAUUAAAAAUAUUUUUUGUGUGAGUUAAAAUUAAUAUGCUAUUAAAAAUCAUGAAAAAACUCUAAAAUAUAGGAAUUUGAAAACAUCUUCUCUAGUCAGCUGGUUGUGAAUCAUAUGUUUGAUGUUCCAAUAUUACUGUUCCACUUUUCAAGGUUUGAGGGUUGUGAAUCAGCUGAUCCUUGAGCAGAUUUCCCAUCCAACGUGAAUUUAGGUUAGGACAUUUUGUAUCCCUUCAGAAAACAUAAAUAUCAACACUUUAUCUCUAUAGUUUUAAUUUAAAUUUAGAGCACUCAGCAAUUUUAUCCUUCAAGUCUCUUCCAAUAUGAUUAAGAAAUCCUUCAAAGUCUAUUAGAAUAAGCUUUAUUCAACCUAGUAAUGGCUAAGUUUGUGCGAAUCUUCACUCAAAACAUUUUACACCAACAAAGUUGCUUCGGAACGUCUUUGAGACACAUUUCAACUGCACCCAAGAUCAAAUCGGUUACAGAAAUACUGAAGGCAAAACAUGAGGGGCAAGUCAAAGUUCAGGGAUGGGUGGAGGGCAUUCGCAAAAUGAAAACCCUCAUCUUUGUGGACAUUCAUGACGGUUCAGAUCUCAAAAAGCUGCAGUUGACGCUCAAUAAAGAUGUUGCUCCUCCUGAUCUCAGUUUUGGUUCUUCUGUGUGUGCCGUUGGUUCGAUGAAAGUCAAUCAAAGUGGUCUACCUGAACUGAUCGUCGAAGAAAUAAAGGUUCUAGGAUCGUGCCCUUCGACUUCUGAGGGUUACCCUUUGGCCGCUCGACAGCCCUACAACUCCAACCACCUACGCCAAAACCUGUCCCUUCGUCUAAGGGCGCCACCCUUCAGGGCUCUGCUAAGGGUGAGGCAUAGGGCCCACGCUCUCCUACACUCAAUCCUAGACGCACAAGACUUCCUGCUGGUCCACCCGCCUCUGCUGACAAGCAACGACUGUGAGAGCAGCGGCGAGGUGUUCAGGGUGCAACCCGACUGCCAACAGCUGAUUGCCGAGAUGCGAUCAGCUGACGCCAAGGUCAACGCCAAUGUCAAGGACGAGGAGGUGUUCUUCAAACACAAGGCCUUUCUCACCGUGUCCGGCCAGCUGCAUUUGGAGGCCGCCGCCAGGGCAUUAAACAGGGUUUAUUGUUUCGGACCGAUUUUCCGGGCGGAAAACUCCAAGUCCAGACUGCAUUUGUCUGAAUUCUACAUGUUGGAAGCCGAACUGGCAUUCGUUGAUGGCAUUGAAAACAUCACCAAAAUCAUUGAACGAGUUAUGAAAAGACUGAUCAGAGGGUUGUUGGACAGUUGCAGUGAAGACAUCCUCCUUUACCGCAAACUAACCAACCGACCGACUGAACCGGACUGGUUAGACCAUUUGGACCAGAUGGUUCUACAGGCUUUCAACACGGUCACAUACCAGGAUGCCAUGCAAAUGCUGAUGGAAUCAGAUGAGAAGUUCAAGAGUCGACCGGUAGAUGGCCAAUCAUUGAGCAAGGAACAUGAGUUGUAUCUGGUGAAACGCAACAACAAUCUGCCACUUUUUGUUGUGGAGUGGCCCCAGGAUAUCAAGCCGUUCUAUGUGCGGCCGUGUAGGGGCGUACAGGGAAAGGUAGAAGCUGUCGACCUACUUUGUCCGAUAGUAGGAGAGGUGUGCGGAGGGAGUGUGAGGGAAGACGACCUCUCGCGGUUGAAGUUGAAACUAAGCGACUCUGAACUCAGCCAGAAGUUGGACUGGUAUCUACAAUUGCGACGUUUUGGGAACGUGACCACCGGUGGAUUCGGUGCCGGUUUUGAGCGUAUCAUACAGUUGGUUCUGGGCACCACUAACAUCAAGGACACUAUACCGUUUCCGCGGUGGCCCCAUAAUUGUCAGCUCUAGUCUUGUAGUUUAUACAGAAAAUAAAGAGAUAACUACUUAUAUUCAUUUGUGAAAUGAAUGAAAAUACUGAGGAGUUUUUAAAGAAAUUCAUGUUCAUAAUAAAUAGAUUUUAUUUUAUUGUGAAGUGAAAGAGAAUAGCAAAAAUGAGUAAAAAUUAACAAGUACAAUAAAGGAAAAUUUGGAGGUA